UGCCUAAAAUGACAACACCUACCGGUCAGCGGUGUUAUGCAGUUUUCACCGCGGGUUUGAUAUAUAUACAUACAAGCAAAUCACAAAAUGCGAGGUAUAUUUCAGAAAUUUGCAAGAGACGAAGGGAGGCCGCAAUUUACAGUCAGUGAAAAUAUUGAUUGCCCAGCUAUAAAUGCCAACAGUAUAAAAGUUCAAGUCAAAGCAUGUGCACUGUCAUUAAUUGAUUCAAAGGUACUCCUUGAAUUGUUUAAGAAAACACCCCAGUCUGAGUACCCAGUUGGCCAAGAAAUUGCCGGCAUUGUGAUAGAGACAGGGGAAGCUGUGACAGCUGUCACCUCAGGAGACAGGGUUGCAGGACUACUGCCAUUGGAUUCUACAGUGUCAGGAUGUGGAGAAUUUUGUGUUUUUCAUGAAUAUGAUGUUGUCAAGAUUCCUGACAGUAUAGAAUUUUCUAAUGCAGCAGCAACAUUGAAAGAUGGCAUCAAGGCUUACACAGCACUGCACUACAAUGCUCAUGUCUGUAGCGGAGAUACAGUUCUUAUACUCGAUGGGGCAACAUCAUUUGGUUCCAUGGCUGUGCAGUUAGCAAUAUGUUGGGGAGCUAAGGUACUUACCACAGCCAGUGAUGAGGAGGAAAAGAGAUACCUUGAAAGUUUAGUGCCAGCACCAGCUCAGGUUAUAGAACUCAGUGGGAAAAGUGAUUUUUUGGUAGGGGCAGUCUUAGAUGAAACUGGUGGCCUUGGAGUUGAUUGUGUGAUUGACAAUGGAGUUCAUAUGUUCACAAGUGAAGAAGACAGCAGGAUUCUAGUAGAUGAGAUGAGACAUCCACUGCCAAGCAAAUAUGAUAUCAUAUCAAGUCUUGCAGUGGGUGGAAGAUGGGUGACAUCCCAGUUUGAUUUACAGCUUGAUCCACCAAACUCUGAAAUGCUUUACCUGAAGGGUGCUAGUGUUAGUUAUCUGUUUGAACACGUGUGGACCAUGUCAGCAGGACAGCAAGGGCGGUAUCAGCAUAUAUUGUUGGAUCUUAUGGAUAAAGUUGCUCAUAAUGUUUUGAGGGUGAACAUAAACAAGACUGUCAGUUUUGAAAAGACAGUUGAAACUCUGAGAAGACUGAGUGAUAUAAGAAUAGGGAAAGCAGUAACUUUGCUGUAAACAAAAUGUAAAUUCAAGUUUUGUUAUGUUUGUCGAAUCACUGAAAAUGGUGACAUUUACAUGGAAGAGCACAGAGAUUCAUUGCCACAGUUCACAACAUAACAAAAAACAUGGAAAUGUUAAUCCCUGAACAAUUCCUUGAGCACUUAAAUAUUUUCCAAUAAAAACAGAAUCUUAUAUCAGA